AACAUAGGAGUGUAUUUCAGUAGGCUGACGGCGAAACGUCUAAAUAAACAAUUCGGAGCUAAUAGAUUCUGAGAAGCAUAACGAAACGAAAACCUUUCAGCCGCUGACUCAAAUCGGAGGUAAACGGCAACAACUGAAAAACAACAAACAGCUGGAUUCAGAACGUUUUCUUGGACUUUUUCAUUUGGUGCCCGAACGUCAAGCCAUGCAGAGCAGAGUGGGAUUGUUGAGGGAGUUUAGCUCCUACCAUGAUCUAACCGAACAUUUUCGCAUGUACAGAUCUCAAUCCAUUGAGACGCUGGACAAUGCAAUUGACAUGAAUCCGAGUACCGGCGAUGGACUGUCCAGAGAUGGCCUGGACGACUGCUAUACCACCUGCUCGCAGUCCCACUCCGGUCUACUGCGUGAGCACAAUUUCAAGGUGAAGUCCAAUUACUUCCACGUGGGCAACUGUGUUCACUGCGAGAAAAGGAUCGGCUUUGGAACGGCUUGCCUGCGUUGUCGGGCCUGUCCGCUGCGCUGCCACAUCGGCUGCUCUCGCCAGCUUACAGUCAACUGCAUCCCACAGCCGCAGAUGAGCAAUAAGCGUGGGAGCCUCAGUGAUUAUGCACCCACGGUGGCGCCCAUGGUGCCGGCUUUGAUAGUCCAUUGUGUGACGGAGAUCGAGGAGCGUGGGCUGCAGCAGGAGGGGCUCUAUCGACUGUCCUCGACGCGGGAGAAGUGCAAGCAAUUGCGGCAGAAGCUGCUGCGUGGCAAGUGGACACCGCAUCUUGGUAGCAAGGACACAAACACCCUGUGCUGCUGCAUCAAGGAGUUCCUUCGCCGUCUGGUGCAUCCCUUGAUACCCAUCUACCACAGGCGCGACUUUGAGAGGGCCACGAGCCACAGUAAUCCCGAGGAAGUGGAGGAGCAGGUCUAUCACGUAAUGCAUAUGCUGCAGCAGGCCCAUCGCGACACUCUCGCCUACCUCAUGCUGCACUGGAAGCGUGUGGCUGACAGUCCGAAUGUAAGGAUGUCUAUCAACAAUCUGGCCCUUAUAUUGGCCCCAACCCUGUUCGGUGAUCUCGACCUGACGGUCGAGAAUGUGACCACCUGGACCAAGGUGCUGAAGGAGCUGCUCCUGCUGCCGCAUGUCUUUUGGGUUCAGUUUCUGGAGGUGCAGCCUGCGCCUCAGUCCAGCGAUUACACGGACGAUGACCGGUAUACACAUAGACAAUGGGAUCACCAUCACAACAGGCGUUGGAGCAAUGUUAAAACCUAUUUUAGAUCUAUGGUGAAUCUCUCCACAAUCAGAUGAAUGAUUGAAUUUAAACUCGAAAAAAUUACACGUGAAAACAUCUGCUCAAAAUCAUUUUAAAUUACGUUAAAACUAUAAAUUUGAAAUUAAAUUACAAUUUUUUUUUUUAUGAUUUUGUUAUGAAGUUUUCCAAAUAAAAUAAGAACGCAGUUGGAAAUCAUUUUCGCCAGAUAUAAAUAAUAUAGCAUGGCCCAAAGCUUGCUGAAUGUUGAUUAAUUCCCCAACCUAAAGCGAGGGCAAAAAGCGAUGUAAAAAAUUAAUAAUUUCCAUUUGGCCAUACGAGUAUUUAUGUUUAUGUGAAGCGUAAACCAAAACACAAAGUAAAAUAUUAUGCCACCGAUGGGUGUAUGGAACGAAGCUAUACAGAAAGAAGUGAAGGCGCUAAGAAAAAAGUUAGUUUGGCGUUUUAAAAACAAUUUGCUGAGUGCUGGCAAAAAAUGCGGAAUGUCUGUAUGUGUGUGUGGCCAUUAAAUGCAAAAAACAAGCAAAGCAAAACAAAGCACUCGAAUGCGUUGGACGAGUGCAUAAAUAGACCCAUACGCACACUCAUACACACCACCACAACCAUUGAGGGGUAUAAAAUAAUGUAUAAUAAAAUCAAAAAUAAACCUAAAGCGAGACGGCGACAGAGUGCAAUGCGAUUCUGUUGCUAACCGCUAAAAAUGGGCUGCAGUUGCAGUUGCUCCAUCUGCCACGUUAACGUUAACCAAAUGCUAAUGCCACACACACGCACACACACUGAUGAUACCCAGUCAGGGGCAACUGCAACUGCAACGUGCACCAAUACCGUGGCAGAAAAGUGCAGCGCACAAAAAUAACAAAACAAAAAAAAGAGAAAAACAGAAAAAUAAAUAAGCAAAACAAAAAUAAAAA